UUUUUUUCUUUUUUGAAAUAAAAUAUUUUACUUAGAACCAGCAUUUAUUAUCAUGUCAUCCAUGAAUAACAAUGAAAACGAGAAUAUUGACAUGAAGGACUUGAAAGAACUUGAACGUAUUGAUCAAUUUGUCAGUAAAGCUCCAGGAAGUAGUUAUACCAUCGAUCAAAAGGAACAAACACUUUGCCGUGAAGGUUUAAAUGGACAAAGAGACUGUGUGAAGCUGAAUCUAGAAUAUACCCAAAUGUUUUCUCAAAUGCAAAAAUUAGGUUUCUUUUGUGCGUUACCAAUGGAUCCUACAGAAACCUAUAUGGAGUGUCGAAGGGUUUAAUUAAAAGAGCAUCGAGGACUACACAGGCACAAAAAGCCAUACUAUUUAAUUGCUAUUUACUUUGGUACAUUUAUCUCGAAACAAAUUCUGUAUAAUAACGUUAUAAAUCACGAUAAUAAAAAAAGGCAAAGACCAAGGCAAAGACCGGAAAAAAAAAAGAAAAAAAAGUGAAAGAGAACCGCCAAUGACAUGG